CUCUCUCACACGUAUUCUCCUUGUUGAUUAUCUUGCCAUGAGCUCCAUUGUCUCUUUUAUCUCCUCCUUCCAUCGUCUCAUCACUUGUCCAGCUAGCUGAGCCCACUAAGAAGAUAGUGCUUUGAGAUGGCUCAAAUCCUAGGUCACCAUCUUCAUCUGUUCAUGCUCUUGUCUGUUCUCAUUCUCCAGAUCGCCAUGGCAGCAGGGCAAAACACGUCCACGGAGGCAAAAAGUUUUACGUUAGUUAAUAAUUGCAACGAGACAAUAUGGCCUGGAAUCCUAACAAGGGGUAACAACAGCAAUGGCUAUGGUUUUGCUCUACAACAAGGCCAAACCGCCUUCUACAACGCCACGGCCGGAUGGAGUGGCCGGAUGUGGGCACGAACCGGUUGCAAUUUUGAUAAAAACGGCACCGGAACUUGUCAAACAGGUAGCUGUGGCACCUCUAUAAACUGCACAGUCCCGAGUAACCCACCCAACACCAUUGCCGAGUUCACACUUGGUGAUGUUGAUUUCUAUGAUGUUAGCCUUGUCGAUGGAUUUAAUUUGCCUGUAGUAAUUUCUCCCAUUGAUGGCAAGGGAAAUUGUAGCAUUGCUGGUUGUGAUGGGGACCUCCGACAAAAUUGCUCGUCCGGACUGGCUGUUAAGUCCGACGGGAAGGUCAUUGCUUGCCGGAGCGCAUGUGAUGCUUUCAACACCGACGAAUACUGUUGUAGAGGAGCAUAUGCCGAUCCUGUAGCGUGUCUGCCAACCAACUAUUCCAGGAGUUUUAAACAAGUAUGUCCUGCAGCAGCUAGUUAUGCAUUUGAUGACAGUAUAAGCAUCAUAACAUGCUCUGCCUCAGAAUACGUUGUCACCUUCUGUGCCUCAAGGAAUCAAAAGGUGUGCUCUUAUCAUGAUAACAAGCUUGUCUGCAAUACAUCGAAUGGUUCAAAAGCAUCCCCCCUUGGCCUAGGAGGAUGGAUUCUGGUGUUGGCACUGCCUUUGACAUAUAAUUUGAAGAUGAAAUUCUAUCUCAGCUGACAUUAAUGCUCCCCUUCUCUCGAGAACGUCCUCUCCUUUGUAAAUCAAGAAAGUGUGCCUUUGUCAUUUUUGAAAUCACGACUGACUUUUCCUGAUGCCUUAUUUUUUGCAGCAUGUUUGAAACUCUCUGGAUUGAAUUCUAUUCAGAUAUUUUAGUCAAA